AGCGGAAGAUGGAUCACCAAGAUAUAACAUCACCAUUCUCUGAGAAUGUAGUGUAAACAUCAGAACUUAAUACAAGAGUAGAUAUUUUGGAUAGACAUUUUCUUGUCCUGUUGGAAAGUUGCCUGAUCGGGCAGGCGCUAACCCUGAAGAAGCUAAUUUGGGAGCUGCAGCCUGGCGCAAGCGAACCGAACAACAAAACCACACUCGAAUUCCAACAUCUCGAUCUCUUCACGAACCUCAAACUCGAGAGAUUGUCCAAGCAAAGUUAGUUCCGCAUCAAUUGGAGCAGCUCCGUCGGUAUGUAAAUAUUCAAAAGAAGCUGAGCGCUUGUGCUUACUAACGACAUGUGAAGCCACCAUGAUGUCAGUCGGUCCCAGAACAGAUUUCACACAGCUGCUCGACGACAAAUCUUUAAUGCUGAUGAAUCAAGAUUUGUUGAGCAUCGAGUACAUCAACCACCUUGUGGCUUUCAAAACAACGAACAUCACGACAAAAGGCGGCAAAGUCCUUCCCAUCGAGCUGUGGAACAUUAUCCUCGAACUCACGUUGGCUGGCCACGCUGUACAGGAGCUAUCGACAGAGAGGAUCCUGUGGUGCCGCAGAGUCGAAUUAGACAGUGUACGGCCUUGCAGAUAUCUGAGGUCUCGCAACCAGGUUUUGUCGUUCGAAAGGUUCAUGGUCAAACCGAACGAAGAAGACCCCGAUAGAUCCCCUAGUCCUUUUGCCCUUCCAACUCAGGGCGAAGAAUCCAAUAUCGAUGUGCUGAUAACUUCUGCGGAUGAGGGACUUUCGAUUAAGUCAGAAUGUCUGUUCUCUGACCUCACUGUCCCCGAUGUAAUUUGCUACAUGGAAGAUGGUAGAUGUAAUUUGUGUGCUGGAGACCGAUUCAUCUGUCCAGGUUGUACGAGAGGGCAAGCUCAAAGAUUCGAUGCAUUUAUGGGCUGUGGUGUAGAUCUUGCUUGUCCUCUUUGCAUGGGGCUUGACUUUUGUCUGGAGCAUAAGGAGUUUCUGCGGAGAUACUACAAUGAGGACCAGGCUCCGGACGAGGAGCAGGAAGCUGUAGACGCUUGGAUUCAGCAACGACUAGACGAAUUUGGCUACAAGGGAGUCAGGGGUUAA